UUUGUAUGGAGAGACCACCAAGUACCUCUGGCUCCUGGUUUCUCGGCUGCCUCCUCACUCUAGCCUUCCUCCAGCUGCCUGCUCCGGUGUCAGGGGAUGCUCACAAGUUCUACCUGGCCCCACUGGGGGGCACAGCGGAGCUGCCCUGCCCUCUCUUGCUCUGGCCAGGCAUGGUGCUCAGCGAGGUUAGGUGGCAACGACCCGCACACCUGCCUCAUACCCAGGCUGUCCACGUGUUCCGGGACGGGCAGGACAGAGAUGACGAUCUGAUGCCGGAAUACAAGGGCAGGACGAAGCUGGUGAGAGAUACUCUCAAGGGAAGUUACUCUCUGAGCAUCAGCAAUGUGAGGCUCGAGGACCGAGGGCUGUACCAAUGCCAGUUCCGGGUUGGAAACCAGAGUCAAGAAGGCAACGUGACCCUGCAAGUGGCAGUUUUAGGUUCUGAUCCCUUCAUCCACGUGAAGAGUUAUGAUGCUGGGUGGAUCCAGCUGGUGUGCCAGUCAGUGGGAUGGUUCCCAAAGCCAUGGACCGAGUGGAGAGACACUGAGGGCAGGGUGCUUCAGUCCCUAUCGGAGGCCCACUUCCUGGAUGAAACUGGACUAUUCCGAACAGCAGUGUCCAGCAGAAUCAGGGACAACUCUGUGGGAAACGUGUCCUGCACUGUCCGUAAUGAGGUCCUUGGUCAAGAGGAGACCACGAUCAUGGUUAUUGGAGCCCCAGCUCCUGGAAGUCUGUCCUCUCCAGCCGUGGCCCUCUCCGCGGUCUUGCCUAUCUUGGGGCUCCUCAUCCUCCUUGGCAUUUGGCUCAUCUGUAAACAAAAAAGAUCAAAAGAGAAGCUUCUCUACGAACAGGUGAUGGAGGUAGAAAAUCUUCUGGAAGACCAUGCCAAAGAAAAAGGAAGACUCCACAAAGCCCUCAAGAAACUCCGGAGUGAACUGAAGUUGAAAAGAGCAGCAGCCAAUGCAGGUUGGAGAAGAGCCCGACUGCAUUUUGUGGUGGUGACCUUGGACCCUGACACAGCACAUCCCAAACUCAUCCUAUCUGAGGAUCGGAGAUGUGUGAGGCUGGGCGACAAGAAGCGGCCUGUUCCUGACAACCCUCAGAGGUUUGAUUUUGUUGUCAGUGUCCUCGGCUCUGAGUGCUUCACGACUGGCUGUCACUACUGGGAAGUGUACGUGGGUGAGAAGACCAAAUGGAUCCUUGGAGUGUGUAGCGACUCUGUGAGCAGGAAAGGGAAGGUCACAGCCUCACCUGCCAACGGCCACUGGCUUGUGCGACAGAGCCGCAGGAACGAGUAUGAAGCUCUCACGUCCCCGCAGACGUCCUUCCGUCUGAAGGAGUCCCCAAAGUGCGUGGGGGUUUUCUUGGACUAUGAAGCAGGAGUCAUCUCCUUCUACAAUGUCACUGACAAGUCCCACAUCUUCACCUUCACCCACAGUUUCUCUAGCCCCCUUCGCCCUUUCUUUGAACCUUGUCUUCAUGACGAGGGGAGAAACACAGCACCUCUAAUCAUUUGUACUGAACUACAGAAAUCAGAUGAAUCGAUUUUCACCAAACAAGAAGGAAAAAGCAAAGCUAACGGAGACGUGUCCCUGACGGUGAAUCCAUCCUUACUGUCUCCUCAGGGUCCUGAGCUUUUCCCAGUCAACGAUACCUGGCCCUCUAACCUUGGCCCCGCCCUGCAGGGGUUCAAGGCGCCUUCCUUGUAGGACUGUGUCCUGUGAUCCACUCACGUGGGCACCCUGGCCUCUGUCUCCUGGCCAGCACCUGUUUCUUCAGUACUUCAUGUCUUUGACUCAAACCCAGACCCUUCUGUGGUUUCCGUUUGCACCACCUUUCUUCCAGGGCUCAAUUCUGAACGUUGCCUUUUGAUUUUCUAGAGACUAGACAUUUCCAUUGCCCUGGUGGAUGCCUUCUUGAAAUGAACAGAGCUGAAUCAGUAGAGGGUUAGUAGGACACACUGGUUGUAUUGCAGCAGCGUUCAGUGCAGGCUCAGGGGACACGGCUAUGGACCUGAGGAAACCCUGACAGGAACUUCUCAGUGUCAACCUUCUAAGUGGGUUUUCAGUUGUGAAGCUACAGCCCCAGACCCCAACUUCUUCUUCCAUCAAAGACUGUUCUUCUGUUUUCCGCCCAGUUCAGGCCACUAACUCCUAAAGCCAGCUCUUCACAAGCAGAUGUCUUGUAAAUCACGCAUCCUCCCUUCUUUGUGCAGGACUGAAACAGAGAUGUCAACACCCCAUAGUUUUCUGUUUCCUUCAUGCUUGUUUAUAGCAUUGGCUGGAGAUAUCCACAGUGUAUGUUUUCAACAGCUAGUUUGAAAUGGAGACAUCCAGACUGUACAUGUUUUCAAAAAUCAAUUAACCUACAUGAUGACCAGGAGCCAUAAUGUCCCCCCAAACCUCAACAUAGGCAUGGGGCUGAUAGGCACAACUGUAAACACAGCAGUCUAGCUGUAUGGCCUUGGGCAGAUGUCACUCCGUAGUCUAUGGCUCUGGCCCUUCUGAAUACCUCAUGAAGUUCAGAGAGGCCCAGUGAGAAAAAAAUGACAGUUUGAGCCAUUCACCUCAACACACCCACAAGACCAUUACUCUUCAAGAUUUGACAAUAGCCUCUGGGUCGGAGAUUACGGAUUUCAAGAAAGCUGGCCUUAUGAAAACAAGACAUUGGUGGGUAUGGUGGUGCACAUCUUUCAUCCCAGCAGGCAGACCUCUGUAAGUUUGAGAUGAGCCUGGUCUGCAUAAUGAGUUCCAGGAAAGCUAGAGGUGUAUGGAGAGACCCUAUCUUAAUUCCCUCCACCCACUAAAAAAAAUCCAAAACCAAAUAAGACAUCUUAUUUGGAAGAUUAUAAGGUGAGACAAUAAAGUAAUGAAUUCAGGGCUGGAAAAAUGACUGCUCACUUAAGAGCAUGGUAUUGCUCUUGAAGAGGACCUGAGUUUGGUUUCUGGCACCCAGAUUGGGCAGUUGACAACCACCUGGAACUCCAGCUCUAGAGGACGAAGUUUCCUCUUUUAGCCUUCAAGGGCACCUUCGACACACUGCACAUAAGUAUACAUCAACACACACACACACACACACACACACACACACACACACACACUUUAAAAUGUGGAUUAGAAACAAAAGGCAAGGCACUUUCAAGUAACACCAGGUAUGUGAUUCAGCCUAUUUGUGGAUCUUUCCAUUAGUUUGCAGGUGGAAAGGCAGCCGGACUCCUCUGAAACUAGAUCUGUUCCAAGUUCUUUCCAAUAGUGCCAGUAUUAGCCAGGGUUCUCUAGAGAAACAGAACCAACAGUGUGUGUGUGUGUGUGUGUGUGUGUGUGUGUGUGUGUGUGUGUAGUGAGGGGUGGGGGCAGAAAAUGAAUAAGUAUGAGACUGAAGUCGGCAGGUUGGAGACUUAGAAAGCCAAUGUUUUAAUUUCAGUACAAGGCAGGGAAAGAACUGAUGUCCUGCCCAAAGCCACAGAACUGUUCUGAGAACUUCCACUGGUUGGGUGGCUACAACUGGAUUUCAGGAGGGUAACUGCUUUACUCAGUCUACUGAUUAAGUGUCAAUGUUGUCCAAACUACCCUCACAGGGACAGCAAAUAUAAUGUCUGAUGAAGUACCUGGGAACUUUGUGACCUGGUCAAUGUGAUACAUAAAAUUUGCCAAUAUAGGACCCAGAGGGAAUAUUUUGUUUGUCUUUGUACAGUUAUUAAAUACAACUUUUAGUAUUUAUUGUUUGGCAUAUUGUCUUCAUUGUGAAGGAAGUUGUGGAGAAAACACAUGAUGGAGUUGGUUUCUGAAGAGCUCAGCUUCUGUUCAAGCAAACUUUAGACACAGUUCAUAAUAAACCCAGUUUUACUCCCGA